UUCCAGCUGUCUUUUCUUCUUUGACGUUGCUAUAGAAAAUGGCUACACGGAGCGGAGAAUCGUCGCCUGGUUAUCGAAAGGCACAACAUUCUAGAUUUGGAAGACAUGAAGCAGAAGUGAGAACCAAGCUAUCGGAUAUUGACGUCGUGUACCACGAAAUUGGAAGAACGACGUGGGUUCCUGAAUGGAGAGUGAUCCCCUGUUCGUACCAACUGAUUGCUACAGACCGCGGAGGCGUCGCUUUAUUAGUACAAUCCUAUUGGAAAGAAUGGGACUUUGAAGAGAACGUGUUUUUUGGCCUAUACGAGACAUGGGAACAGAUUUGGGAGAAAGACAGUCCGUUACUCAAACGAAUUUUUGACAUAUGCGGUAUUAGAGUUAUGAGAAGACUUAUGGUCAAUAGAGACGAAUAUCUAGCAUCCGUACAGAUGAAUAGAGUCAUGCUCACAAAAUCACAACAAAAACUAUUGAAGGAAAGAAGCGAUUGGUUGCUACACUUCUAUCUUGACGAUAUUUCGAAUUGGCCGUAUUGGCAUAUAGACACCCCUGACGCAUCACCUGACACAACCCCAACAUCAUAUUCUUCUUCUAGCUCAGACGAAAAGGAUAGUCUUCAAGCAGUCACUAUGUAUAGUAGACUUCAAGAAAAACAUGAAAAGAAACGAACAGUUUCUGCUCCAACUACAAUAGACGUUGGACGUCAAGUGAAACCACGCAGCAGAUCACAGACUAAAAGCAUUUCGGUGACUUUUUCUAGUAGUUUGCCGGUCAAACAACGCUCCAUCUCCGUUCCAGCAAGCAUAGUCGCCACGGAAACAUUCAGGAAAGUUUCUCGUCCUCCGACUCUUUCUCGUUCUUCGACUCUUUCUCGUCCUACGGCUAUUUCUCGUCCUCUCAUUGUUUCUCAAAUAUCGCAACCUGUAAGCGAAAAGCCACCUCCCAUUUCUCGUACCAUUUACAGUUUUUCAGCGCCAAUCACAAAGCAAAGUUCCUCCCCAAUUACUGCAGAAGUUAAUCUGCCCAGUGUUACUACAACUAGAAGAAUUCGAACCAAAUCACAUGGGAGUGCAUUAGUAUUUUUGCGUUGUAGAACUCUCAAUGAACGUUGUGACCAUGUACCAAAGUCCACAGCUAUCUUUUCUACGGACAAGUUCAGUUGUCUCCAAAAAGAGAUUUUGCAACGUUCACAGUCUUUGCCUACCAUUCCAACAACAAAAUCGACCUUAGAAACUUAUCUAAGAAAAUUUAGAGAGAGGCGUCUUUCAUAUCCAUUUGCUUAUCGUGUAAUCAAGACAGAACGAAAGAGAUCCACGAGUUUAUCAACAUAUUUCCCAGAACGAAAACGAAAUCUUGGCUUAAGAAGGCGUUGUGAUUCUCUUCCGAGCAGUCUACAAACUCUUCAAAAUCCGUUAGACAUUACCCAUCCUCAAGCUCCGCAAGUUUUAGAACGACAGACAACGGAAACCGACAUUCGUGAUACCGUGAAAGAAACCUCGCCGCAGUCAUCUAUUUCGACGUCUCCACCUCCCACUCCUUAUGGGAGUAGUAUUGAAGGAUACUUCCCGGAAUCAUCUACCGACUCGGAUUCUUUCAUCUGAUCAUUUGGGAGGACCAACAACGUCUUCAACAGAAAUCUUCGUAGGCAUGGCGGGUAAUGUAUUUGUGUUUGAAUAGACUUGGAGAAUGUCAGUGAAGAGAAGAGGUCCAAUUAUCGUAGCAAAUACAGUAAACAUGAUCAAUUAGUUAAGGUUAAAU